UGGUGUGGGCGUGUGGCCACCCGUCCCCUAUCCUCUCCCUCACGGGGGCGUCCUAUAUAAGGAGAGGAAAAAUCUGCCACUCCACACUCGCGCUCUUCUCUCGCCGUCGCCGAUCGUCAUCGCCACCUCGCGUCCAGACCCGCCGUUCCUCCGAGGAAAUGGCUGCACUGCAACCCUCAUUUUCACCAGCAAUGACUUUGAAGAGUAGCUGCAGUGCCCUGAAGUUCCCGCAAACUGCACUGUUACCUGGUUUUGGUGGCAUUCCACGCCCUCAAGACAGGAAAGCUAGCUUCGCUUGUUUGAUCCCCAAAGUUGCUUCAGUGACUGACCAAUCAAUAGCAGAGCCAUCGAAACCCAAGCAAAACAGGCACACGGUCGACCCUACAGCUCCAGAAUUUCUGCCUCUCCCAUCUUUUGAGGAAUGCUUUCCAAGGAGUACCAAAGAAUCAAGCGAAAUCAUUCAUGAGGAAUCUGGUCAUGUCCUCAAGGUUCCAUUCCGGAGAGUCCAUUUGACUGGAGAUCAGAAGCACUUUGAUACAUAUGACACCAGUGGCCCUCAAAAUAUAAGCCCAAGGAUUGGACUCCCAAAGAUAAGGAAGGAGUGGAUUGAUAGGAGGGAAAAACAGGGUAGUCCUCGGUACACACAAAUGUAUUAUGCCAAACAGGGAAUCAUAACAGAGGAGAUGUUAUACUGUGCCAGCCGUGAGAACCUUAGUCCUGAAUUUGUUCGGACAGAAGUUGCCCGUGGACGAGCCAUAAUUCCUUCCAACAAGAGGCACCUGGAAUUGGAACCCAUGAUUGUUGGAAGAAACUUCCUUGUAAAGGUGAAUGCAAAUAUUGGGAAUUCAGCUGUUGUGAGCUCCAUUGAGGAGGAAGUUCACAAGCUCCAGUGGGCCACGAUGUGGGGAGCUGAUACUGUCAUGGACCUUUCAACAGGGCGACAUAUCCAUGAGACCCGGGAAUGGAUUAUUCGCAACUCUCCGGUUCCUAUUGGGACUGUUCCUAUUUACCAAGCACUUGAGAAAGUAAAUGGCAUUGCUGAAAAUCUGAGCUGGGAAAUCUUUAGGGAUACCUUGAUUGAACAAGCCGAGCAGGGCGUUGAUUACUUCACAAUCCAUGCUGGUGUCCUGCUUCGUUACAUUCCUCUUACGGCAAAGAGAAUGACGGGCAUAGUUUCACGUGGUGGCUCAAUUCAUGCAAAAUGGUGCUUAACUUAUCACAAGGAGAACUUUGCAUAUGAACAUUGGGAUGACAUUCUUGACAUAUGCAAUCAGUAUGAUGUGGCAUUAUCAAUUGGUGAUGGUUUGAGGCCUGGUUCCAUUUAUGAUGCGAAUGAUAGUGCACAGUUUGCAGAACUGCUGACUCAAGGUGAACUAACACGUCGAGCAUGGGCAAAAGAUGUGCAGGUGAUGAAUGAAGGCCCAGGUCACAUCCCAAUGCAUAAAAUUCCUGAAAACAUGGAGAAACAACUGGAGUGGUGUAAUGAAGCGCCUUUCUAUACAUUGGGUCCUUUGACAACUGAUAUUGCACCUGGUUAUGAUCACAUCACCUCAGCCAUUGGUGCUGCCAACAUUGGGGCUCUUGGCACUGCGCUUCUUUGCUAUGUAACACCAAAGGAGCACCUUGGCUUGCCUAAUCGUGAUGAUGUCAAGACUGGUGUAAUAUCCUACAAAAUUUCUGCUCAUGCUGCUGAUUUGGCAAAGGGUCAUCCCUAUGCACAAGCUUGGGAUGAUGCACUUAGCAAGGCAAGGUUUGAGUUUAGAUGGCUUGACCAAUUUGCUUUGUCUCUGGAUCCAGUAACUGCUAUGGCUUUCCAUGAUGAAACAUUGCCCUCUGAGGGUGCCAAAGUGGCACAUUUCUGCUCAAUGUGUGGGCCCAAGUUUUGUUCAAUGAAAAUCACGGAGGAUAUCAGGAAGUAUGCUGAUGAAAAUGGAUAUGGAACAGUAGAGGAAGCUUUGAUACAAGGAAUGAAUGCUAUGAGUGCUGAAUUUUUGGCUGCAAGGAAAACAAUUAGUGGGGAACAGCAUGGUGAAGCAGGAGGGGAGAUCUAUGUACCAGAAAGCUAUGCAGCACAGAAAUAAGGUUUCCUCAGAGCCAUCCAUUCCAAGUGAGGCAGAUGUGCUGGCUAGUGGCUAGGGCAUUCAUCGCAGCAGCUCUACCAUCUUAUCUAAUGAGAUGGGGUGCCUGUGUUCUCAACAGUCUGAGAGCCUCUUAGCCUGGACUGUUGUGAGAUGGGCUGAGAAAGUCCCUUUGAACCUGAACAGGAUAAUGCCUGCGAAGGGAGUGUGCAAUUCUAUUUUCAUGUUUUCCAGGAACCUAUCAACCUUUUGGUGGAAAUUGAGGUAUUGUCCAUGAUUGUGUGGAGCUCAGCAACCAGGCCUACCUGUUCUCUACACAGCAGCUUGUUAGCAUUUCUCCAAGGGGGGAGAAUCUUAACAGGUAUCAGCUUCAUCAUGUCACCUAACAUUAUAUUUAUAAUUAACAAAUCAUUUAGUUAAAUCUACACAUCCACGAAAUUUGUCAUAUCAUUUGCUAGUCCUAUAUAAUCUAGUUCUACAUCUAUCUGUUCUUUGAUUGUGCGCUCCAUCUAUUCUUUGAUGAAGCUUGUGAGUUCUACUUUCUAGACCUGUUGAGAUAGGACCUUUUGGCAUAGUACAAUAUCAAGAAUUCUUUGGGAAGGGAGUAUAUUUAAUAUAGUAGUACAAAAGGAGGUAGCUAAAACUGACAAUUUUGUUAGAUGGAUGAUGUUUGUCAAUUGAGGGUGGAAAGUACCAUGCCAUUAUAUUGUACUCAUCUAUUGAUAAAUAACUAAGAAAGUUUUUUUUUUGUCAAUUAAUUGCUUCUCCCCAUUCUCGUGGGUUUUUCAAAUAGGUGUAGCUAAAUAUUUCACAAAGUCUUUUUAAACAGUAUUGUAAAAAAUUCAUGUGAACUUUUUCCAAGUCUAGCAUUAUGCAUGAUAAUUUCCAUAUGCAUGUUGUCUGAAAGCAGCAGUAUCUCAAAGCACCUGCAAAUUCAAAACAGAACUAGAUUGUAACUUCCAAGCUGCUGCAUUUGUGAAGAAUACUAUAUUAGUUUUACUUCAGCCGAUUGCACUUUUGUCAUGUUUCACUGCCUGCAGCCUGCUUCACGCUUUGGCUGUAUUAUGCAUUAUAUGUUCAUAUCCAACUGCCAAGGCUGAUUGUGGGAUGUUAAAUGUGUCGGUGAAGUAAAUUAUUCUGUUGUUGCUCAAUGUUUGUGCACUCUGUGGUUCCAAUGAACUAUUCCCAUCCGCAAAGCUAAGAUCAACUCUGAUUGUGCCCACAAGGCGGAGUGUCAAAUCUUGUGGAGUUGAGCUGGGCACCUAAUUUCUUGAUGUUGCUGCUCAAGUUCUCAUAAUCUCAUGUUAUCCCUUAUAAGUGCUUCCCAAGAAAAUUUGAAAUGUUAA